GACCUUGCUUUUUUUGUAUAUUCAGGUGUUUGGAAAACAGAAAUGGCGUUGAUCCGCGGAUUUCCCGAUUCGUCUUGCCCAUUGGAGCCACUAUUAACAUGGAUGGAACUGCACUCUAUGAAGCAGUUGCUGCGCUCUUUAUUGCGCAGGUCCGAGGCAUGAGCAUGAGCAUUGGCUCAGUCAUUGCCAUUAGCAUAACAGCUACUGCAGCAAGUAUUGGAGCAGCAGGAAUUCCUCAAGCAGGACUCGUCACUCUCGUCAUGGUGCUCGACACUGUCGGUCUGCCGGCUGAAGACGUCAGCCUUAUCGUCGCUGUCGACUGGCUCUUGUACGUU